GGGCAUGUCGAUGCUGGAAAGUCGACUCUCAUGGGUCGAUUAUUGUAUGAAACCGGCCGUCUAGAUGAGAAAACACGCAUAUCCAAUGAAAGAGGCAGUACCAAAGCAGGCAAGCGCAGCUUCAGCUGGGCAUGGAACUUAGAUGGCACUACUGAAGAGCGCGAAAGAGGCAUUACGAUGGACAUCGCCUUGCAAUCUCUCAGAACGCUGCAUCGUCAGGUCACCAUCCUGGAUGCUCCAGGACACAAGGAUUUUGUCCCGAACAUGAUCUCGGGCGCGUCCCAAGCGGACUGCGCCCUACUUGUCGUCGACGCGUCUCCUGGAGAAUUUGAAGCUGGAUUUGAUCGUGGUGGACAGACUAAAGAACAUCUCAUUCUAGUAAGGAGUCUGGGUGUCUCUCAGGUCAUCAUUGCGAUCAACAAACUGGAUGUGAUUCAAUGGGACCAAACUUGUUUCGAAGAGAUCUGCAAACUCAUGCGUCCCUUCUUGGUUCAGUCGGGAUUUCAUCCCUCCAAAACACAGUUUGUGCCAGUCGGAGCUCUCGAUGGCAUUAAUCUAGUCGAGAAGCCUCUACAGGUCGAAGAGUUCACCGCUUGGUAUAAGGGACCUACAUUAGUUGAUUGCCUCGAUAAGCUCGAACCUCCAACGCGUGACAUCGCUUCCCCACUGAGACUCCCAAUUUCAAACGUCUUCAAGGGACAGAGUGCUGGUAUCGGCGUUACAGGAAGGCUGUGCAGCGGUAUUGUCCAGGUUGGAGAACGUCUUCGUGUCCUGCCUGGAGAUGAAACGGCUGCCGUGAAAUCCAUCGAAGUCGAGGAAGAAAGCGCCUCGUGGGCAAUGGCGGGGUCUAAUGCAACGCUGUUCUUGACUGGCAUUGAUCCAAUUCAUCUAGCAGUAGGGAGCGUCCUUUGUCCUCCGGCUGACGUCGUCCCGCUGGCGACAAUCUUCACGGCUCGAAUCAUAAUCUUUGACGUACAAUUUCCUAUAACUGCCGGAGCGUCUGUCGAGCUCUUCCACCACUCACGCGACGUCCCUGCUACCAUCGCCAAUCUGAUAUCUUCCCUCGAUAGAACGACUGGCACCGUCAUUAAGAAAAAGCCGAGGGUACUUACGAAAGGUACUUCGGCAGAGGUGCAGAUUGUUCUGAGGUCGACAUCGUUAUCGAGUUCAGCCCCUGCGCUUCCAAUUCCACUUGAAUCCUUCGCAGUCAAUAAGGACAUGGGAAGGAUUCUCCUUCGACGUGGGGGAGAAACGAUUGGUGCCGGUGAGGGAACUGGUGACUGCCUUUGUUACAGCCAUUGA